AUGAUAAAAUCUUUACGCAGUCUACUACACCAAUACCCUUGUUCCAGAGGAAUUUUAGGAUCGGCGUUAUUAUACGGGCUAACUCCAGCAACAAAGCGAGGGACCCUUGGUGUUACCGUUCCUGGCGAUGGUGUAGAUGUUGGUCAAGCGUUUGGGAUAGAGUUUGUGUUAACAUUUCUACUAGUUCUGACCAUAUUUGCUUGUACCGAUCCUAAGAGGAAUCACUAUGGGUAUGAAGUUCCUUUGGCCAUUGGAUUUUGUGUCGCUGUUUGCCAUAUGAUUGGAAUACGUUUUACUGGAUGUGGUAUCAAUCCUGCUAGAUCACUUGGGCCCGCUGUUGUUAUGGAARUCUGGACAGACCACUGGGUAUACUGGGUUGGUCCUAUGGGUGGAGCACUCGUUGCUAGUUUAUUCUAUGUGACUGUAUUCCGUGCUCGUACAGAACAAGGCCAAUCUGAAGGCAAUAUGGAUGCUGUCGUAUUAAGCAAUGUUACCAUCAAUAAUAACAAGUAAAGCAAGAAGAACGUCUACCUGAACAUAUAACUCACUUUCCCGACGACCAAAGGCUCCGAGACUGUUAUUUUCUUCCGUUUUUCUUUUUUUGUUUGUUAUUUUAAUGUUUCUGUCUUUAUCCUCUUUUCUCUUUUUUAUCUAUUCCUAUGAAAUAAUUUAGAAAUUUUAAGGAUUUUUAAAAGUGUUUAUAUUUUAUAAAUAGUUUUUGAGUGUACAUUAUGUCAUUACGUCCAUGUUAUAUGAACAUGGCAAUAAAGCCUUCCUCAAGUAGA